AGUCAUAACUGAAUCAUCAUCAUCAUCAGUGGGUUCACAGAAAUUACAAAUUACGUUGCCUUUAUUGGAGUCUCAUUUUCCAAAUUCAAAUUCAAUAUUAACAUGGACUACCUGCACCAACAUGGAUAGUCCAAAAACAUCUGUAACCAGAGCUGAUUCUUUUACUAUUUCUGAAUCUGAACCGCAGCUUUUAAAUGAUUUAUACAUGCCAUAUUUAUUAGGAACCCCGAUAAUCGAUGCUAACAAUGAGUUCAAGGCUCAGUCAGUUUCCGAAAAUGUGUUCUGGACAGAAACGUGUAGCUCUUCAACGAUUGUUUCAAGUGCUAGCCCAACUGUGACCAGCUCACCAACGCUCUCAUAUAUUGAUUAUAUGAAACAGUUUGAUCUACCGGAACUGCCACCAAUACUAGAAAUGUGUAGCAUUGAUCCUAUUUCCACAACAACAUCAAAUUCAUUUUCCGAUGAAACAAAAAUUGAAAUCAAUAUGCCAAAUACGCCAUAUAUGCUAUGUGAUUACAAAUUACACUCAUUGGAUGUAGGAGACCAAAAUGAGAAAAAUACGUCCUUCGGUAAAUUUAUUGAGAGUGAAUCACAGACUGACACAAAAUCACUUGGGGAUACAUUAAGUUAUGAUGAGAUUAAAGCUAAUGUAGAAUCGGUUGUGAGCUGUGCAACUUUUGAUGACAAUUUUUAUGACAGUUAUAAUGUUGAUCUAUCAGCGCUUACGGCAACAAUCGCGCAUAUUGAGAGUGAAACAAGUUUGACAACGGCCCUGAAGCCAAAUGUUACCAAAAGCGAAGAAAUGUUAAAAAUUACCACUGACAAAUCGGAUCAUGCCAAAGGUGGAUAUUAUAAGCCUGAGCAAAAGCAGCAAGAGAUGUUCCAUGUUACGGCUACAGAAGUGUCACCUCUAAAGGGAAAAUCUGCAACGAGCGUGCUGGGAGGCCUGUCUAAAGGCAUCAAAGGCGGACUAGAUGGUGUCUUAAGUGGCGUUAAUCUAGCAAUGGAUAAGCAGCCACCAGUCAGUUCUGGAGGUAAUAGCAAAAAAAGUUUUGGGUUCGGCUUGGCUUCAAAACUUGUACCGAGUGUUGGUGGCCUCUUGUCAAGUUCCAGUUCAAAGCAAUGUGAGUCAGUCCCAUGUACCGUUUCAACAUUAGACUUUAGUACGUUUACUGUAACAACAGUAUCGCCUGCUUGUAGCACUCAAGGUGUGCAAAGUUUCGGUAAUGAUUAUAGCUAUGGCUAUGAUUACGACCAGUUGCCACUCUGUACGACUAGUGCAUUGGACCCGACCUUGACUACAGACUAUAUGAUGGGCACAAAAUCAAAUGCGGACUACGACUAUGCGGAUAAUUACGGAUCAAAUUUAUCAAUCAAUCAACAUUUAACUAACAACUUGCAAAAUUAUAGUGAAAACGUUUUUAAUAGUGAUUUUGGCUAUGCAAAUAAUGAGGACUACAAUGCUCAUAUAAAUGAAAGAAAACUUACACCGGCUUCCACUACCAUCAUCACCCCCGCUCAGUAUGUGGCAGUGCCUGGAAUAAUAGAAAGCGAUGGUCACGAAUACACAAAUGCAAUCCCUAUAACAUCCACAUGCUAUCAGUCUGAUCCAAAAAAAGAUCACGUAUCCUUAAACUCGGAGAAAAAAAUUAGCGUCGGUAGUGCAGCUGGUGGUGUGUUCGGUUCUAUAUUUGGAAAAGCUGCAGCAGCUGUCCAGUCAGCUACGCAGGCGGUUAAUCAGGGAGCAUCCUCAGUAGCAUCAGUUGUAGCCCAAAAAGCAAACGCGCAAUCAGUAGAUGUCAAGGUGAUAGGUGCUCAAUUGAAAACAGUUACAGCUGGCAAUGUAACAGGCGCUAGCGUUGUCCAGAUAACGCCGACGCUCAUAAAGUGUGAAGAUGAUUUUAGGGAUAAUGGCUUUAAUGAGCAGCCUUGUCUAUACAUAGCUACAACAACUACUGCUACAACUACAACUUCUGGCGAAGAUUACAAGAAUAGCAAUGAUUAUAUGCAAUCUUAUGAUGAUACGUCAAUAUCAAUACCAAUGUCAUUGGCCUCAAUAAUGCCAAUGACCAUUGCAACUAACGAUAACAAAGCAUAUGUUGCGUACUAUUCGGAUGAUAAUAAUAGCCAGCAGGAUGUAGUAGAAACUCGCUUAGGAACUAUGUUAAAUAACGGACAAAAGUUUCUACCGACGGUGCCGCCGGCAGGUGGAUCCACCGGCAAAAAACUGCCCACCAUCAAUGGUAAAUCGGGUCUGCUUAUCAAGCAACAGCCAACAGAAGUCUAUGAUGAUGAGUCAGAUAACGAUGUCAUGAAUGAUGAUGAUUUCAUCACAGAUACAGACCACGUCAAACCGAGUUAUUUCAAUGAUAGUGAGCAGAGUGAUUACUAUAUGGAUCAAGGCCGGUUGACGACACCGUCAGGUCAGGUUAAAAAUUAUUAUGAGCACGAUAGCGUCAGUGGUUAUGACUAUCGUGAAGAUUACUUUAAUGAGGAAGAUGAAUAUAAAUAUCUCGAGCAACAACAGCAAAUGCAACCUCAGUCUCAAAGUCAUAAUAAUAUGUUUAGCCAUAAGGAAGCAUCCUCAGAUAUCAGAAAUGGGAGCCCGCAUGACGAUGAUGACUUCUUAGACGAACAUUAUCUACCCAGUGAGGAGGAGUGUGGCAAUUAUCUAGAUGAAAGCUCGAGUGGUAGCGUAGGUAUUGGUAGCAGUAUCGGUAAACCAAAGGCAAUAGUGUGUGAAGCAGUACCUGUAACUGCCAAUGGAGAUUCAACCGGGGUGAUAACUACCGAUCACUUGCCUGCAAGUCGCACACCAAUUUUAUCACACCAACAAAUUAAAAAACAGGAUAGCAUUAUUAUUGAAGAGGAUACUGGCUUAAUCGAUACAGCUAAGAUGUCAAAUGACGAGGAUGUCGAUUUUGAUGAGGAUGAUAAACUUGGAGAUCUUGUACCAAACAGAACCAUGUCUCAAAAGAAGAAGAUGUUGACACGCGGUGAGACAGAAGAAGUCGUUAGUGGUCACAUGCACAUCCUGCGAAAGUCGGAAGCUACAGCUAAGCAACGCUGGCACUGGGCUUAUAAUAAAAUCAUGUUACAGCUAAAUAAUGGCACUGGUACUGGAGAUGUCGGCUUGCGCUCCAAUGGACAUCCGGGCGACAAUCCUUUUUAUAGCAAUAUUGAUAGCAUGCCAGAUAUACGACCAAGACGUAAAUCGAUUCCCCUGGUAUCAGAGCUUGUGCUCAAGACAAUGGCUGCCACAAAGCGGAACGCUGGGUUGACGUCGGCUGUGCCACGAGCCACACUCAAUGAUGAAGAGUUGAAAAUGCACGUGUACAAGAAAGCGCUACAGGCGCUUAUCUAUCCAAUAUCGUCAACAACUCCACAUAAUUUUGUGCUCUGGACGGCCACCUCACCGACAUAUUGCUAUGAAUGCGAGGGAUUGUUGUGGGGAAUAGCUCGUCAGGGGGUUCGAUGCACGGAAUGCGGAGUUAAGUGUCACGAGAAGUGCAAGGACUUGUUAAAUGCCGAUUGUUUGCAGAGAGCCGCGGAAAAAAGUUCAAAGCAUGGUGCAGAGGAUAAAGCCAACUCAAUAAUAACUGCUAUGAAAGACCGCAUGAAGCAACGAGAACGCGAGAAGCCAGAAAUAUUCGAAUUAAUCAGGAUGACAUUCGGUGUGGAUCCAGAUACACACAUAGAUUCUUUAGAACAGGCUGAGCACGCAACUGUUGAGGGAACAUCUAAAUGGUCAUGCAAACUAACAAUUACAGUGAUUUGUGCUCAAGGCCUGAUAGCGAAGGAUAAAAGCGGUACGAGUGAUCCCUAUGUGACGGUGCAAGUUAGCAAGGUGAAAAAACGAACCCGCACAAUGCCUCAGGAACUCAACCCUGUGUGGAACGAGAAGUUUCACUUCGAGUGUCACAAUUCAUCAGACCGCAUCAAAGUUCGCGUAUGGGAUGAAGAUAAUGAUCUCAAGUCAAAGUUGAGACAAAAGCUAACGCGUGAAUCAGACGAUUUCCUUGGACAGACCAUAAUUGAGGUGCGCACACUGUCAGGUGAAAUGGAUGUAUGGUAUAACUUAGAGAAACGUACAGAUAAGUCGGCCGUAUCUGGUGCUAUUCGACUACACAUAUCUGUUGAAAUAAAGGGUGAGGAAAAAGUUGCUCCUUACCAUGUACAGUAUACGUGUCUACACGAGAAUCUUUUUCACUAUUUAUGUGAAGAAAACAGCGGAAUGGUCAAGUUGCCCAUACAGAAAGGCGACGAUGCAUGGAAACUAUAUUUUGAUGAAAUCCCUGAGGAAAUCGUUGACGAAUUUUCCAUGCGCUAUGGAAUCGAAAAUAUUUACCAGGCAAUGACCCACUUUCAUUGCCUUUCCGCCAAGUAUUUGUGUCCUGGAGUACCAGCCGUGAUGAGCACGCUAUUGGCAAAUAUAAAUGCUUACUAUGCCCAUACGACUGCCUCCUCAGCCGUUUCCGCAAGCGAUCGAUUUGCAGCAAGUAAUUUUGGAAAGGAGAAGUUUGUUAAGCUAUUGGACCAACUUCAUAACUCACUUAGGAUUGAUCUAUCAAUGUACAGAAAUAAUUUUCCUGCCUCCAGUCAAGAGAAACUAAUGGAUCUAAAAUCAACAGUCGACCUUUUGACCAGUAUUACGUUCUUCCGUAUGAAGGUUCAGGAGCUCUCUAGUCCACCAAGAGCGAGUACUGUUGUCAAGGAUUGCGUAAAGGCCUGUCUUAGAUCCACCUAUCAAUUCCUUUUCGAGAACUGCUACGAAUUAUAUAACAGGGAGUUUCAGGUGGAUCCAAACGAGGCAAAACGUGAUUCUGAUGACCAUGGCCCAAAGCUAGAUAGUGUAGACUUUUGGCAUAAGCUCAUAGCUUUGAUUGUGUCUGUAAUCGACGAGGACAAAAAUAGUUAUGGUACAGUGCUCAAUCAAUUUCCGCAAGAGCUAAAUAUUGGACAACUAUCGGCUGCUACUAUGUGGAGUCUUUUUGCCGUUGACAUGAAGUAUGCUCUUGAGGAGCACGAACAGCAUAGACUUUGCAAAUCGUCAGCCUAUAUGAACUUACACUUCCGUGUAAAGUGGCUGUACAGCAACUAUGUUAAGGAGGUUCCUCCAUAUAAAGGAGCUGUUCCAGAGUAUCCCGCUUGGUUCGAACCAUUUGUUAUGCAAUGGCUUAAUGAAAACGAUGAUGUGUCUUUGGAAUAUCUUCAUGGUGCAUUUAAUCGAGAUAAAAAGGACGGCUUCCAAAAGAGCAGUGAGCAUGCUCUGUUCUCAAAUUCGGUUGUCGACGUUUUCACGCAAUUAACGCAAUGUUUCGAUGUUGUUAGCAAGCUCGAAUGUCCAGAUCCAGAAAUUUGGAAGCGUUACAUGAGGCGUUUUGCUAAAACAAUCGUAAAAGUGCUUAUAUCCUAUGCUGAUAUUGUGAAAAUGGAGUUUCCGGAGCAUUUAAGAGAUGAAAGAAUUGCCUGUAUAUUAAUGAAUAACAUACAACAGUUAAGAGUGCAAUUAGAAAAAAUGUUUGAGUCAAUGGGGGGUGACAAAUUAGAGGAGGAUGCCGCUAAUAUCCUUAAAGAACUUCAACAAAAUCUGAAUUCAGCACUCGACGAUUUAGCCACACAGUUUGCGAUAAGUCUGGAGCCACGAAUUACUCAAUCGGUUCGAGAGCUUGGUGACAUGCUGCUUUCAAUCAAGGGAGGCAGUGGUAACUUAACGGUCGGUAAUCAGGCUAUUCAACGUAAUGCAGUUGCUGUAGAAGCUGACGAUGUGCUGAGGCCAUUGAUGGAUCUACUCGAUGGAUCUCUAACUUUAUACGCCCAGUCGUGUGAAAAAACAGUAUUAAAAAGACUGCUGAAAGAGCUUUGGAAAAUAGUGAUGCGUAUUUUGGAAAAGACUAUCGUGUUACCACCAAUGACGGAUAAAACUAUGAUGUUCAAGCAUCUUACUGAUAAUGCAAAAAAUUUAGCAUCAAAUGCAAAAAUUGAAGACAUGGGUCGAUUGUUUAAAUCACAUAUGGCGGGUAAGCAGGAUGUGAAAAGUGCACUUAGCGGUGUUAUGGAUAUAUCGAAGGAGGUCGAAAAGAAUCUGUCCCCAAAACAAUGUGCCGUUCUUGAUGUUGCCUUAGAUACAAUAAAGCAAUACUUUCACGCUGGUGGCAACGGACUAAAAAAAACCUUUCUGGAAAAAUCCGCUGAGCUUCAGAGUUUGCGUUAUGCACUAAGUUUGUACACCCAAAUGACAGACACUCUGAUUAAAACAUUUAUUUCCAGUCAAGUUCACGAAGUUGAUCCUGAAAACGCCGAAGAAAGUGUGGGAGAGAUCUCAGUUCAAAUUGAUUUAUUCUCGCAUCCUGGCACAGGAGAACACAAAGUAAAUGUGAAAGUUGUUGCAGCCAAUGAUCUUAAGUGGCAAAUACCGUCUGGAAUGUUUCGGCCGUUUGUGGAGAUUAAUUUGAUUGGACCCCACCUACAGGAUAAGAAAAGAAAAUUUGCAACAAAAUCCAAGUCCAAUAACUGGUCCCCAAAGUAUAACGAGUCCUUUAGUUUCGUUAUUGGGAAUGAGGAGCAACUAGAUUUUUUCGAGCUUCACAUUUGUGUCAAGGAUUAUUGCUUUGCUCGUGAUGAUCGUCUUGUGGGUGUGGCAGUUAUACCUCUAAAAGAUAUAUCUGAAAAGGGGUCUGUCGCAUGUUGGUUACCUCUGCAGCGUCGAAUUGAAAUGGAUGAAACUGGCUGGACGAUCUUAAGAAUACUAUCCCAACGUAAUAAUGAUGAAGUAGCUAAAGAGUUCGUAAAGCUCAAAUCAGAAAUACGUCAAGAGCCCACAAUGGGAACUUAAAAGUUCCCCCCACAGACACAUGCACACACACACACAGAUAAGAGAGAUAAAACAAGGGUCAGCCCUGAUUUCGCAAGGGCCUGUUGAACACUCUGCGGAGUGUCAACGUCCUUGUAUUUAAAAAAAAAAAACACACA